UCAUGUACAACACAUCUUCUUGUGAAAGCUCCAGCAACAUUUGUGAAGAAAAUGAAUGACACUAGUGUCGAAUCAGGCAAAGCUAUCACUUUGGAAUGCACGUAUGUGGGUUCUCCAACCAUUGUGGUCACAUGGAGAAAGAACGGUAGAGAAAUAAGCCAGUCUGAGAGGUGUAGCAUAACCACCACAGAAAAAUCUUGCCUGCUUGAAAUGUUUAAUGCCGCACAGGAGGAUGAUGGAGAGUACACAUGCCAGGUGGCAAAUGAAGCUGGACAAGACACAUGUAGUGCCUUGUUUUCCGUUUUA